AUGAAAAUUUAUAGCCAUUGAUCAAAGCAGCCAGGCUGCUUUCAUCUCUCUAAAAGGUAUUUCUCAAGAAUUAAGCCCAUUAAAGAUUUGGAGGAAAAUAUCUUAAACAUGAGUCAGUACCAGAAAGCUACAGAAUUUUUCGAAAAUAAAGACUAUAAGAAAGCAUCACUCUACUACAGGGCUGUGCUGCAUAAGAAAAAUCUACCGUACAAAGAGUAUCACUGGAAGGGUAUCGAACAUGACUGGACUGAAUCUUACAAGAGUAACAUAUUCCUCUGAAAACUUUAUGAUAAGACCGCUUAUUCUUAUCUCUACUCAGAUAGAAGGGAUGCAAACGAUCUGUUCAGAUUUUGCCUCAACUUGUUCAACAAGGACAUCUCUUUCCCUCUUAUUGUGAAGUAUAACCUUGCCCAGAUGAUCUUGAAAGAUACUGUACAGCCUGAAAAGAACUUUACAGCUUUAAAAUAAUGAUGAAGAUCUCACCAAAGAGCAAAGAGCGAUCGCCAAAAAUAACCUGGCUAUUAUUCUCCUUCGGAAAUAUAAUGAAUUUUUGGUCAAAGUUAAAGGAGAUAGAAGUAUAAUUCCUGAAAAAUAUGUCCAUGAGUACGACCAAGUCCUACCCUUCUUCAAGGAAGCUAUUAAAGGGUUUGAAACCAGUCAGGAACGGACUGAGGAAGAAACAGAGAUUUUGAAUACACUUUUAAACGUAACUAGUAUUGGGCCUGAAGACUUCUAUGAUCAUCCAGAUAAAGCUAAGUUCUAUGAUAUCCUUAAUCAUCCUCUAUCAGGCAUUAGUCUCACUAAUAUCUGUGAACAGAUAAUGAUUGAUAAGCUCUGGAUGGAAAAGAAGCAUACUACCUUUUGGUUCAUGGUAGGCCUUAAGUACCACGAGAAGCAUGAGACCUUCCUCCUAGCUAAGCAUCUGAGUCUCCUUGCUCUUUAUUACAAUUCUCAGCAGAACCCAACAGUCUCAGAGAAGUUGCUUCUCAGGGCACUUCAAAUCGUAGAGGGAAGGAAGGAUAUUCAUGAAUCAUUUACAAAGAAAAUUUUAGGAACUGUCUUAAUGGGAGACCCUGAAAGAAAAUCAGAAGCUGAUAAAUACAUAUCUGAAGCACUUCAGAUUGAGAACCAGAUAGUUCCUUGGGCAGGCUUACUAUCUCGGAUGAAUAUCCCGUUUGUGUAA